UCAACAGCUUUUGCAGGAAAUACACAUCAAGUCGUAAAAGUAAAACAAACAAAAUGAAACGCGUGUGAAACUCAGUAUAAAAAUCACAAAUAGAAAAAAUAUCAAUUAAUGCAACAUUUUUAAACCAAAAAAAAAAAUCUAUUAAAGUUUAAAAGAAAAAUUAUUAUGCAUUUGUGGCCUAAUGUAGCGGGCAUAUUUUUCGCCUGUCUAACAUUAACAAAAGCCCUGCCUGAUGUGAUAAAAAUUGGUGGACUUUUCCAUCCCACCGACGACAACCAGGAGUUGGCAUUUCGCCAGGCAGUUGAUCGUAUUAAUGCUGAUCGUAUGAUUUUGCCACGUUCGAAGCUGGUAGCGCAAAUUGAACGUAUUUCGCCGUUUGACAGUUUUCAUGCCGGCAAAAGAGUAUGCGGUCUUUUGAAUGUGGGAGUAGCUGCAAUAUUUGGACCUCAGUCAACACAUACCGCCAGUCAUGUUCAAAGUAUUUGUGAUAAUAUGGAGAUUCCCCAUUUGGAAAAUCGUUGGGAUUAUCGUUUGAGAAGAGAAAGUUGUUUGGUCAACUUAUAUCCUCAUCCCAAUACUUUGGCUAUGGCCUACGUUGAUAUUGUACGUUCUUGGGGCUGGAAAUCGUUUACCAUAAUAUAUGAGAGUAAUGAUGGCAUAGUUCGUUUGCAAGAGCUGCUGAAGGACCAUGGCUCUACACCCCAUCCCAUAACUGUGCGACAACUAAGUGAUAGCGGAGAUUAUAGACCUCUACUUAAACAAAUCAAAAACUCUGCAGAAGGCAACAUUGUUUUGGAUUGCACCACCGAAAAAAUCUAUGAGGUCCUAAAACAGGCUCAACAAGUUGGCAUGAUGAGUGAUUAUCACAGUUAUUUAAUAACAUCACUUGAUCUUCAUACCAUUAAUUUGGAUGAAUUUCGCUAUGGUGGCACCAAUGUCACCGGUUUCCGUUUGGUAAAUGAAAAGGUGGUUAAUGAUGUUGUACGCCAAUGGAGUAUUGAGGAGAAGGGUGUUUUGCGUUCGGCCAAUUUGUCGACAAUUAAGACCGAAACAGCAUUAAUGUAUGAUGCCGUACAUUUGUUUGCCAAAGCAUUGCACGAUCUGGAUACGUCACAACAAAUCGAUAUUCACCCAUUGAGUUGUGAUGGCCAGAAUACCUGGCAGCAUGGUUUCAGUUUGAUUAAUUACAUGAAAAUAGUGGAAAUGAAAGGUUUAACAAAUGUCAUAAAAUUUGAUCAUCAGGGUUUUCGUAGUGAUUUUAUCCUGGACAUAGUGGAAUUAAGUCCGGGUGGAGUGCGUAAGAUUGGUACUUGGAAUUCCACAAUGCAGGAGGGAAUUAAUUUUACCAGAACGUAUAGUCAGAAGCAACAAGAAAUCGAAGCAAGUUUGAAAAAUCGAACUUUGAUUGUGACAACAAUUUUGAGUAAUCCAUAUUGCAUGCGCAAAGAAUCUGCUGUCUCCCUGAGCGGUAACGAUCAGUUUGAGGGUUAUGCUGUAGAUUUAAUUCACGAAAUCUCUAAAGCUUUGGGUUUCAACUAUAAAAUUCAAUUGGUGCCAGAUGGCAGUUAUGGCAGCUAUAACAAACAGACGGGUGAAUGGAAUGGCAUGAUACGUGAACUUUUGGAGCAGCGUGCUGAUUUGGCUAUAGCCGAUUUGACCAUAACAUUUGAAAGAGAACAGGCCGUGGACUUUACCACACCCUUUAUGAAUUUGGGUGUUUCCAUAUUGUACCGCAAACCCGUUAAACAACCACCGAAUCUGUUUUCAUUUCUAUCACCUCUUUCCCUGGAUGUUUGGAUUUAUAUGGCUACGGCGUAUUUGGGAGUGUCAGUGCUCUUGUUUAUAUUGGCCAAAUUCACUCCUUAUGAAUGGCCAUAUACCGAUGCUCAUGGUGAAAAGGUUGAGAAUCAAUUUACUUUACUCAACUGCAUGUGGUUUGCAAUUGGUUCUCUGAUGCAGCAAGGCUGUGAUUUCUUGCCCAAAGCCUUAUCCACCCGCAUGGUUGCUGGUAUGUGGUGGUUUUUCACUUUAAUCAUGAUAUCCUCGUAUACUGCCAAUUUGGCUGCUUUCCUAACUGUGGAACGCAUGGACUCACCCAUCGAAAGUGCUGAGGAUUUGGCCAAACAAACCAGAAUUAAAUAUGGUGCUUUAAAAGGUGGCAGCACAGCAGCCUUCUUUAGGGACUCGAAAAUAUCAACCUAUCAAAGAAUGUGGUCAUUUAUGGAAUCAGCUAGACCCUCGGUGUUUACUUCAAGCAAUGGCGAAGGUGUGGAAAGAGUUGCCAAAGGAAAAGGUAACUAUGCCUUUCUAAUGGAAUCGACGUCUAUUGAAUAUGUCACCGAGAGAAAUUGUGAUUUAACCCAAGUGGGUGGUAUGUUAGAUACCAAAUCAUAUGGCAUUGCCACACCACCGAAUUCUCCCUAUCGUACUGCAAUAAAUAGUGUCAUCUUGAAACUGCAGGAGGAAGGCAAAUUACAUAUUCUCAAAACAAAAUGGUGGAAAGAGAAACGAGGCGGUGGUAAAUGUCGGGUCGAAACAUCAAAAUCUUCUUCAGCGGCCAAUGAACUGGGUUUAGCAAAUGUUGGUGGGGUAUUUGUGGUAUUAAUGGGCGGCAUGGGUGUGGCCUGCGUGGUGGCUGUAUGUGAGUUUGUGUGGAAAUCACGAAAAGUUGCUGUUGAAGAGCGUUUAAGUGCCAUUUUACAUGAAUGAGAUACGUCAUAAACCCAAGAUGAAUGGGUUUAAUGUCUAUAUAAUUCAUGCAGAACGAAUACGAAAUCAAAUAAAUUCUAUUAAGAAAAAAUUGCUCAAAAAUGAAAAUAAACAAACAAUGAAACAAUAUCAAAAUUUUUUCUCAUCUUAAAAACAGACAACUAUUUUUAAAUCAUCAUCAAACAAAUCAUAACAUUUAACUAUAUACUUUCUAAAAUUCAAAAUUAAAAAAUGAAAAAGAAAUUAAUGAAAUACAUAUACUUAUAUUCAAAGGUUUUUUUACAUUCAUGUAUUGUGGUCCCUUUUUUCCUAAUCGGAAUAACCACAGGAUAUAUUAAAUAUAUAUUGCAAGGUAAAUAAAAUCGAAUUAAAUAAAAAUAAAACACUCAUUAAUAUUUGCAUUUAUAUACAUUUAUUAUAUAAACUAAAUGGGAAUUGUAACAUAAUUUAAGAUGUAUGUAGCUCAUUAGAUAAAUAAUAUUGUAUUUAAGAAAUGGAAAAUAAAAAUUUUGAUUUUCUGUUUUAGUUAA